AUGGGCAGACCAGGCAUCGAAGCGCUGGCCCGCGGCCUCAAGAAAGGACACCAAGUGACAAAGCUGGAUCGGGAUCCACGACAAUCGCGAAGAAAGGGAGUAAAGUCGAAGAAAGCGGUGGCAGUACGCGAACUUGUCCGAGAAAUCGCCGGAUUCGCGCCCUACGAGCGUCGUGCCAUGGAAUAUCUGAAGAUCAGCAAGGACAAGAAGGCGCUCAAGUUCCUGAAGAAGCGCGUCGGAGGCCACUGCCGCGCCAAGCAUAAGCGUGACGAGCUCCAGGACGUCCUCAUCGCCAUGCGCAAGCACCACAAA